UGCCAAUAAGCUGCAUUGCACCAUAGACUUUAGUUCCCUACACACACCUUUAGAAAGUCUCUUUUCUUUUUGGGACACUGGGCAGAAGGUUGUGCCCUGUGGCAUAGUUGGACUGAGAGAAACUGAUGAUGUGUAUCUAUUGACUUUCCCCUUUCACCGGGUUAUACACUGCAUUGUACUCAUACAUUGUUCACGAAAGCCAAAACAACGGCCUUCCACCGUAACAAGAAGGUCCAGCUUCCAUGACUCCACAAUGGGAGCUGGUAUCUCUACCUCGAUGGGAGAUGACCGCAUACUGGAUGCUCUCCUUCUCCUCUCAUCUCUAUUCUUUCUACCAGUUGCACAGAUUUUCUAAAGAGCAUGAGGUCAGCCUGGACAGAGAGGUGCAGCUGGAGAGAGGAUUCCUUAUAUGGGGAUUCAAGAAGGACCCUACUGAUUUUGAGUGGAGUUUCUGGAAUGAGUGGGCAUGGCAGUCUCUUUUGUGGUCUUUGAUUGGCCACGCAUUGCUGUCCAGAUUGGCAGAUAAUUUUUUGCCUCAGUUUCGACUGGCAGUCUUGACAGUCUAUGGCUUCCUCUCAGCUGGUUGGCUUCUCGGAGUGCAGGGUUUGACUCUCUUGAUGCUGCAUCUGAGCAUCUCAUUGGUGGUUGCUCAGCUACGUAGCCCCAUCCUUUCAUGGUUUUGCUCCCUCCUGCUGCUCUCCACGCUCAAUGUCACUGCCCUCCAGGAUUUACAGCGUGGUUGGUACACUUCUGAAGACCAGUACUACCUCUUGCUCUUUAGUACUGCUGUAUGUAUCUUGCGCUGCAUUAGUUUUAGUCUGGAGCUGUGCUGGCACCCCCUGCAGGCCGGAGGAGCAAAUCAUUGUUCCCAUCUAGAGGAAAAAGGACUGAAGACUCUGAUUUUUCAGUUCUACAAGCUCGCUGCCUACUGUUUCUAUCACCCCCUGUUUUACAACGGACCCAUUGUAACCUACAGAGACUUUAGUGAACAGAUAGAAAAGCCGGUAUGUAAAGUCUCUGCGGCGUAUGUGUUGAGUGGAGUACUGCGUGUGUGCGUCUGGUGGUGUUUAGCCGAAUUCAUGAUCCACUUCAUGUACAUGCACUCCAUCCAGAGCAACGAAACCUACCUGGAGAUGCUGCCGGCCUGGGCUCUGGGUGGUUUGGCCCUUGCGUUGGUCCAGUUUUUUUACAUAAAGUAUCUGGUCUUGUUUGGAGCGGUGUCUCUGCUCGUCAGACUGGAUGGAUUGGAGCCACCAAAGUUACCACGAUGUGUCAGCACCAUGUACAGCUUCACUGGGAUGUGGAGACACUUUGACGUGGGGCUUUACAAAUGGCUCAUCAGGUACAUAUAUGUGCCGUUGGGCGGCUCUCAUCACGGUGUAUUCCGGAAGCUCUUCUCUACAGCACUGGCCUUUGGGUUUGUGUGUUUCUGGCAUGGUUGCCAUGACUACCUGCAGUACUGGGCCGUACUGAACUGGGUUGGAGUGUUGGUGGAGAACGUUCUCGCACUCGUCCUCUCCUCUCGUCCUCUUCGUCAUAUCAUUGUACGCUGUCUUUCACCACGGAUGCAAAGGCGUGGUCUAGCGCUUAUCUCCGCCCUCUCCACUGCUUUUCUGAUUCUGUCCAAUCUGUUUUUUCUGGGCGGGAUCCAUGUGGGCCGAAUCUUCUGGAAGAGGGUAUUUGUUGAAGGCUGGUCUUCUGUGGCCGUUCCAAUGGUUGCUUUUCUCUAUUGCUUUGCUCAAGUCGGUAUUGAGUGGGACAUGAGAUGACAAACCUCCUCAGAGCAGAAUCACGGGAAGGCAAAUUUUCUCACAAAAAAAAAAAAAACACUGGUAUUUACAGUUUGGACCAAUCACGGUAUAGACAACCAACAUUCCUGUCGGCUCCUACAACGUGACGCGUUUGUAUAGUACUAAUGCUGUAUGUGUGUGUUUGUGUGGAAAUGAAAUGUUGUGAGUGCUCCAGGUGUGUGUUUGAUGGUUAAUCCUGUUUCUGCUUUAUUUAUGAGUUUGUCUGAACACUGAUGGUGACACAUGUCUCUGAUCAGCGGCCAGGAUACAGCCUGACCACUGCUCUCUCUCUCUCUCUCUCUCUCUCUCUCUCUCUCUCUCCCCCUCGUCCCUCCAUCUGUGUAGAUUUCCAUCCGCUCGUUCAUUUUGUCCCUCUGAUCUUUCUUGUCCUGAUCUCUCUGUCUCGUCUCAUGUUUUUAUCCAUCACUCUCUCAUUCUCCUUGCGUAUACCUGCUUCUGUCUUCCUACUAACAGCUCAAGCUGCUCUGUGUGGUUAAUUAGAUCAGUGAUCUGCUAGCCUGGAGUUUCUCCUUUAUUAGAGGGAGGUACGACACGUGUGUGUUUCAGUGUUAAGGGGGAUUACACUUUAAAAAGCUUUAUCUCUGCAGCGUACCUUUAUCAGCAUCAGAUUAAUCAUUCAUAAUCCCUUCACAAAAAUCUCUCUCUCUCUCUCUCUCUCUCUCUUUGUACGUUUGCAUUGCCGAAUGAAUAAAAACAGCCAUGUUUACAUUGCAGCAGAGAAGCAAUGGGAAUUUUUUAAAUGCACAAAAAGAGGAAAAUACGAAAUACUACAUGAAAUAUAUCUGAUAUUCGAAAUAAUUAAAGGUACACCGUUUUUUAUGUUGGUUUGCUAUGAUUGCAGUUUCUAUCUCCAUCUCUUCUCUGUGAUAUGAUGUUAUUUUAGUAGACGGUAUGGCAGAGGUCAUCCGUGACCUGCCCUUUCUGUGAGUCAUACUGAAAUUACUUACUGACCUAGUAUGUUACACAGGUCAUUGUGUGUGUGUGUGUGUGUGUGUGUGUGUCUCAAAGAGUCACUGUUGUUAAUGGAUGUUAAUUAGUAUGUUACACAGUAUUCAAAGUGUGCAUAAUUGCAGUUCAAAAUGUAAGAAUCUCAAUCUUUCUUUCUGCUUAAAAUGAGCACGAAUGGUCAGUUACACCAUGUAAGUAAGUAUAUUGUGAAUCAUUUAUAUUUUGGUUAUUGGGAGUUGGAUUGGAUGAUGUAAUGUGGGCACCACUUACCAUAAUGAAUCUAGAAAUGAAAGCAAGUUUGCUAAAGCAAUGUGUAAAUAUCUGUUGGUCAUUAUCAGAUAGUUAUUAUAGACAAUUUUACACUUAUGAAUCAUUUUGGGCCAAUUUUGAUUUCAUGCUGACUUCAAAGCUAAUGUGCUUAUGUAAGUGUCUUUAAUGUGCUCAAACAAAGGGAGAUGCAUAAAUUGACAGCAAUCAAGUAAAGAGACGACAAGCGAAAAUACGUAUAGAAAAUAUUUUAUUAUCAUAAAUAAUAUUUUACAGCAAUUUUACAAAUUUUGUCUUUGUGCUUUACAGUAGUAAUUUCCAUGUGGAGAAAUGAUUUCAGUGAGGAUGUUUCAGUCAGUGGAUAAUGACCAUGCUGUCUGCUGAAUACAUCUGAAGUUUAAUUAGGGCUGUUUUUAAAAAACACCCCUUCGAAGGACCUCCGUGAGCAGACAGACGUGUUUGUUCUUCCAAACCCUGACACAGCUCCGUUUGAACUUCACCAUUAGUGUUAAAGACUGCAAAAAUACUCAUUGUUCCCAAAAAAACUAUAACACAAUUUCUCUUCAAAUGCAUAUGUGCACCAACACACAAACCGAUAUGCUGUGUGUGUGUGUGUGUGUGUGUGUGUGCGUGUGUGUGCAAUAGCAUGUUUGGGUGAAUUUCACAAAGUCUGCCGUGAACGUGUUCAUUAUAUAUUCCACCCCAAAUUCAAAAGGAAAAAAAAAGAGUGCUUUAAGAUUUUAUAUUCAUGUUUUUAUAUUUUUACCUUAAAUGUAUCAUGUUCAAUUUUCUAAUAAUAGUAACAAUAUAUUAAAUUAAAUGUAAGAUUUUAUAUUUAAUUAGAUUCAUUUUAUUUUAAUAUCAUGACAGCUAUGACUUUUUUUUUUCUUUUAAUUUGGGUAUUAAAUGAGAUAUUUCCUCUUUUGGCUUUUGUGAAAUAAAUAUGACCAUAGAAAAGUU